AUGAUGGAAACUUUUCACACAGUGGAGAACAAACCGGAAAAUACGCAAAUUGAUUAUUUGCAGGGCGCCAGGUACAACGAUGUCUACGAGAACGCCUUUAACUCUUGGAACGACUAUUUGGGACUGUCUACCCUGAUUACCUGCACGAAAGCGGCGACCGGUGCUAGUAAAACUGGGUUAAGGACGGGCGCAGAGGUGAAUCUGACUUCUAAAGCGCCUUAUUUCGAAAAAGCCCUGGAUUUGAAUGGCUUUGGUAUCUGUGGCCACGAGGAAGACCUUGUUUUGGGGGAAAGGUUUGCAGACGUCGGCUCUUUCUCCUGUAGGUCGAGCCCUGCGCUUUUCGGCGGCUCUCCGGAGUUUUUGGACCGCGACAGAGCGCUGGCGUGGCGCGUAAUGGAAAGCAAGCUUCAGAGCCAGCAGACUCUUCACAAGCAAAGCCGAGGGAAGAUGGACCUCCAAGUGUGUGUGUUCUGUAGAAAUAAUAAAGAAAGCGUUGCCCGUUACACUACCCAUAUCUUGAAGGGCCCGGACGGGAGAAUCCUUUGCCCUGUGCUGAGGCGAUACACCUGCCCGCUUUGUGGUGCAAGUGGAGACAAUGCACAUACAAUCAAAUACUGCCCUCUCUCCAAACUUCAAGCAAAUGCUGUAAAUCAACUGAAACCGACGAGAACCAUCAUCGGGAAAAAUAAUCGUUAA